AUGGAUUGUUUCGAGCGCAAAACUAUCGUUGAUAACAACAAGCUUUGCGUCAAUUGUCUUAGUUCUACACAUUUGAUUUCUACAUGCCCAAGUAAUCGGAACUGCCAACAAUGUGGUAAACGACACCACACAUUAUUGCAUUUUCCUCCACCCAUAAACAAUUCAUCAUCAUUUGCCCGCGAAGCGGCGACAUCGCCUACGUCCUUAUCAACUAAUCGUACCAUCAGUGCUAAUCGCAUUCGCUCGAAAAUUGUCCCAUUACUGUCGAACGUAACCAAGUUCACUUCGAAAACCAAUGUACUUUUACCCACAGCGGUAGUCAAAGUUAAGUGUGCUGACAGCUCUGUCAUUUUAUUGCGUACCUUCAUCGAUCAAGGCUCCUCCGGAGCUCUAGUUAGCGAGCGUGCUGCCCAAACACUUAAGUUGAGACGCUGGCCUAUCAGAACUGAUAUCAAACUAACAAAUGGUCAAUGCACAUCGGGAAAAUUCAUCACUCAAUUUUCAAUUCAGUCGCGAAUCGAUGAAAAUUUCCAACUCGACGUGAUAGCUUCAAUCGUUAAAAAUGUUACCGAAGAUUUACCAGUCAAAACUAUCAACUAUCAUGAUUGGCCUCACUUACGUGAUCUUGAAUUGCCUGAUCCCGAAUUUUAUCGAUCAGCACCUAUCGAUUUACUUAUCGGAUCAGACCUAUUUUCGGAUUUAAUCAUGGAGGGUCUACGAAAGGGUCAAAGCGAUGAACCCAUUGCACAACAAACAGCUUUCGGCUGGAUUGUAUCGGGUAAAGCAAUAUCAAUUUCAAAACCGGAAACAUCAGACAUCAUAACAAAUUGUUCUCACAUUUCAUUGAAAAAUUUGGAUGCGUUUGUUAAGCAGUUUUACGCUCUUGAAAGUAUUCCAAUGGAGGAACAAUAUACACCUGAGGAGAUAUGGUGUCAAAACUACUACCAAAACACUACAGUUCGUAAGCCAAAUGGCAAAUAUUUAGUACGUCUGCCAUUGAAAACGCGUUUUGAUCCUAAUUUGGCGUUAGGAAAGACACGCCAAGCAGCAUUUAAUCGUUUUUAUUCACUUGAGCGUAAAUUCAACAACAAUCCCAACAUCCGAGAUCAAUACAAUGCAACAAUUAAAGAGUAUUUCGAUCUCAAUCAAAUUAAGCAUGUCACAACUACCGAAGAACAAUAUUUGCAGUUCCACAACUAUCAACCAUCGUAUUCAUGUUGCACAUUGCCUCAUCAUGACGUGAUUAAGGAAGAUAGCCUGACAACAAAGUGUCGCGUUGUUUAUGAUGCUUCAGCCAAAUCUUCCAAUGAAGAUUCUGAAUACCAACGAAUUAUUUGGCGCAACCCAGAUGGUCAAAUUACAGAAUAUAAACUUACAACGGUAACAUUCGGCACCGCGUCAGCACCAUACUUGGCAAACGAAACUAUACAUCGGUUAGCGCGCGAUGAACGUCAGCGUUAUCCGUUGGCCGAACCAGUGUUAAUGAGAGAGACUUACGUCGAUGAUGUUUACACAAGAAAUGAAACUGUGGAACAAACUAUUGAAAUUCGGAAUCAAACACAAGCAGCCUUAGCUUCAGCCGGCAUGAAACUUCACAAGUGGGCUAGCAAUUCGACGGAAUUACUCAAAUUAAUUCCCCCAGACCAACAUUGUAGUUCGACUGCUCUCGAGUUAAACAGUGAUGAAACAAUGAAAACAUUAGGCAUGCGUUGGCAGCCAAAUAGCGACAGUUUUCGUUAUAAGCUCAAUUUUGAUAUCAGUGUCAACCAUAAAUCCGUUACAAAUCGUACCGUGCUUCCGGCAAUAUCGAGACUAUUUGAUCCUUUAGGCUUGAUUAAUCCCGUUAUCGUCAAUGUGAAGAUAUUUCUGAAACAUUUGUGGUAG